CUUCGGUUAUUUUCAUAAGCAACACCAAUGUCUGUGUUGUGAAAAAGAUGAAGAUUAUGGCCGAAAAUGAAUACUUUAGUAUUGGCAGUAUAGUCUCCUGCACAACAUGUUACCAGCAGAAAAUACAAGGCGAGGUCAUGGCCUUUGACCUAGGAACAAAGAUGCUAGCCAUCAAAUGUCAGCCAUCUAGUGGGAAACACAGUGUACAUGAUGUUAAGCUGGUUAAUUUGUCAUAUGUUAGUGAUGUGAAGGUGCUAAAAGAGGCUGACAGGGACACAUCUCCGCCACCAUUGUCUAACCUGAACUCACAGAAGAUAAAUGCCAGAUUACGACAAAAUAUAGAAGAUAAGAAGCGUCAAGUAAAUUAUAUAGGUGUAGGUGUGACACCAGAGGGACAGAAGGUGUUUAAUGCCAUUGUGAAAACAAUCACAGAUGUGAAAUGGGAUCGACAAAAUAUAGUUGUGUUUGAGGAAGUGACCAUAAGACCACCUUACGGUCUAGAUGAUUGUAAAGGGAAGGAAGGUUGUAGGACACUUGAGCAUGUCAAGAAAAUAGUACAGAAACAUCUCAAAGACCUGGAGACACAGAGAACAAGUGACAGUCGGAAGUCACACUCGCCAUCACCUGCAGCCUCGUCAUGAAAUCUCAGCUCUCUUUCUUGUCACCCUAUACGUACAUAAAUCAACAUCAAUAUAUAUAGUCACACAGUUAUAUAGUUUAACGACAGAUCUUUUGGAAAUGGAGAAAAUUAAUUUUAUUAAUCUUGAAUGUAAAUCUUUAACCUUACCAUGUAGAUGUCUGCUUCCAAGAAUGUGUUCAUAUUUUAAUUUCUUUAUGAAGCAGUAUCAGGGACCUUAAGAUGUUAUUGUGAUGUGGUAAUUACCUGUUGCUACUUAAAAGCUUUUCAACCAAAAAGAGCACAGAAUUUAUUUUCACAUUGUAGUGGUUGACUAUAUAAAAAUCUUAUCUCAAUGCUUUUAACAUUUAAUUUAAUAUUUCAGAAACAAAAAAAAUGUAGGUACUGUUGAUAUGGAUAGUCCUUAAAUAUUUAUUUUCAGUAUUGUGAUGUUGUCAUUAAAGAUUUACUAUCUGUAUAUAAUAAGAAAAAAAAUAGAGAUUUUAGUUUUAAAGAUUUACAGUCAAUAUAAUAACAACAGUGACAUUAUAAUAGUGUGACUGUGUAAGGUACAUGUGUAUUUAAAACAUUGAGUGACCAGUGUCUGACGGGCUUUUAUGUUAUGUUUAAAGCCUCCCAAAUAAAUUGUUAAUUGCCUAUAAAAAAUUACUAUAAAAUGAAGCAGCAUUGUUUUAAGAUGUUGUAAAAUGUGGACUUUCUUGAUAAUGUCAAACUUUGCUUGAUAGCUGUACUUGUAUGUGUAUUAUCUUGAUACAUGUACAUUAUGUAUACAUAUAUAUAUCUUAAUACAUGUACAUUAUGUAUACAUAUAUAUCAAAUUGACACAACAGGUUUAAGAAAAAGCCCAAGUUUGAAAAAAAAAACUGGCUGUAACCUGUAGGAAUAUGAAACUGGAUUUUACAUUGUAUGUAGUAGUAACUAUUGAUGUGGUUAAAUGGCAGUAACACGAGCAUGCCAACAAUAAUUGAAGCAUUACAUGUUAAUUUUAAUGUUCAAAGCCUCCCAUCAGGAUUAUUUUUGACAAUUACUAAAAUUUCUUUUUGUAAAGUGUAAGUGCCAGUUUGAGCAAUAAUUAUGUCUCCCCCCAGGAGACAUAUUGUUUUUGCCCUGUCCGUCCGUCCGUACAUCACACUUCAUUUCCGAGCAAUAACUGGAGAACCAUUUGACCUAGAACCUUCAAACUUCAUAGGGUUGUAGGGCUGCUGGAGUAGACGACCCCUAUUGAUUUUGGGGUCACUCCGUCAAAGGUCAAGGUCACAGGGGCCUGAACAUUGAAAACCAUUUCCGAUCACUAACUAGAGAACCACUUGACACAGAAUGUUGAAACUUCAUAGGAUGAUUGAUCAUGAAGAGUAGACGACCCCUAUUGAUUUUGGGGUCACUCCGUUAAAGGUCAAGGUCACAGGGGCCUGAACAUUGAAAACCAUUUCCGAUCAAUAACUAGAGAACCACUUGACCCAGAAUGUUGAAACUUCAUAGGAUGAUUGGUCAUGAAGAGUAGAUGACCCCUAUUGAUUUUGGGGUCACUCAUUCAAAGGUCAAGGUCAGAGGGGCCUGAACAUUGAAAACCAUUUCCGAUCAAUAACUAGAGAACCACUUGACCCAGAGUGUUGAAACUUCAUAGGAUGAUUGGUCAUGAAGAGUAGACGACCCCUAUUGAUUUUGGGGUCACUCCAUUAAAGGUCAAGGUCACAGGGGCCUGAACAAUGAAAACCAUUUCCGAUCAAUAACUAGAGAACCACUUGACCCAGAAUGUUGAAACUUCAUAGGAUGAUUGGUCAUGAAGAGUAGAUGACCCCUAUUGAUUUUGGGGUCACUCAUUCAAAGGUCAAGGUCAGAGGGGCCUGAACAUUGAAAACCAUUUCCGAUCAAUAAUUAGAGAACCACUUGACCCAGAAUGUUGAAACUUCAUAGGAUGAUUGGUCAUGAAGAGUAGACGACCCCUAUUGAUUUUGGGGUCACUCCGUUAAAGAUCAAGGUCACAGGGGCCUGAACAUUGAAAACCAUUUCCGAUCAAUAACUAGAGAACCACUUGACCCAGAAUGUUGAAACUUCAUAGGAUGAUUGUACAUGCAAAGUAGAUGACCCCUAUCGAUUUUUGGGUCACUCCAUUAAAGGUCAAGGUCACAAGGGCCUGAACAUUGAAAACCAUUUCCGGUCAGUAACUUGAGAACCACUUGACCUAGAAUGUUGAAACUUCAUAGGAUGAUUGAUCAUGCAGAGAAGAUGACACCUAACGAUUUUGGGGUCACUCUGUGAAAGGUCAAGGUCACAGGGGCCUGAACAUUGAAAACCAUUUCCGGUCAGUAACUUGAGAACCACUUGACCCAGAAUGAUGAAACUUCAUAGGAUGAUUGGUCAUGCAGAGUAGAUGACCCCUAACGCUUUUAGGGUCACUCUGUUAAAGGUCAAGGCCAUAGGGGCCUGAACAUGGAAAACCAUUUCCAAUCAAUAACUUGAGAACCUCUCGACCCAGAAUGUUGAAACUUCAUAGGAUGAUUGUUCAUGCAGAGUAAAUGACCCCUAUUGUUUUUUUUGGUCAAACCAUCAACGGUCAAGGUCACAGGGGCCUGAACAUUGAUAACCAGUUCCGAUCAAUAACUUGAGAACCACUUGACCCAGAAUGUUGAAACUUCAUAGGAUGAUUGAACAUGCAGAGUAGAUGACCCCUAUUGAUUUUGGGGUCAGUCUAUUAAAGGUCAAGGUCACAGUGGCCUGUUCAUGUAAAACCAUUUUUUGGAAAUAACUUGAGAACCACUUGACCUACAAUGUUGAAACUUAAUAGGAUGGUUGGACAUGCAGAGUAGAUGACCCCUAUUUAUUUUGAGGUCACUUGAUCAAAGGUCAAGGUCACAGGAGCCUGAACAGUGACUUGAGAACCACUAGGCCAAGAGUGUUGAAAUUUAGCGGGAUGACUGGACAUGCCAAGUAGAUGAUCCCUAUUGCAGCUAACCAUCAGUGUCUCUUUGACUUUCGCUCCUGACCCCUAUUGACUUCUUGCCUAUAGGACUUUGCAUUGGGGGAGACAUGCGCUUUUUUACAAAAGCAUUUUCUAGUUUUUAUUUAUUUUGUCAUAAGUCUGAUUUUUAAGUGAAGAUAAUUUGAGCUGCGCCAUGAGAAAACCAACAUAGCGCGUUUGCGACCAGCAUGGAUCCAGACCAGCCUGCGCAUCCGCGCAGUCUGGUCAGGAUCCAUGCUUUUCGCUUUCAAAGCCUAUUGCCAUUAGAGAAACCGUUAGCGAACAGCAUGGAUCCUGACCAGACUGCGCAAAUGCGCAAGCUGGUCUGGAUCCAUGCUGGUCGCAGCAUGGAUUGAAUGGAUCAUGACCAUACUGACAAUACUGGUUACAUCUGGUCGCAAAUGCACUAUGUUGGUUUUCUCAUGGCGCAGCUUUUUUAUAAAACAUUGUAUUAAUUUUAUCAGUGGUCUUUAACAUGCUUUUUCAUAAAGUCAAAAAGUUCCAAAACUUGACCCAUUUCCUAACAGUACGCAGAUUAACAUGUCCACCAUUUUGAAAUGACAUCGUAAUAGGUAUUAUAAUUGUUAUACACUUCAAAUAGGAUGUAAUUUACCAGUUUUUUCUGUUUUCAGUGGUAAAAAUGAUGUAAUUUGUUUUUCGUAGUCAAAAGCUUCAACUUUUUAGUUUAGAACAACACUUUAAACAGAUACAUCUUUGAAUCAUUACAAGAAUGACUUCUUAGUACUGAUAAGACAUGCUGCUUUCCAUGCUAUUCAGCAUGAAUGUUAUUUAUACACGGUUUCCAGAAUUAGACCGAUAGAUAUAGUUAUAUGUAAUUUACCAUCAGAUCUGCUCACUAUUUGAAAUUUACCUACAGAAAGUUUGAUGAUAAUAUGGCAGAUUGUGAACAAAUGGGCAACAAGAAAAUGACAUUAAAAACAAUGGAGUAAGAGCGGCUGUGUCAACAUUUUUAUUCUGUUUGGUAAAGUUUUACUUUUCAAGUAUAUAUUGUGACAUUUCAGUUUGCACAUAUUGUAAGCCAAAAGCUGUCAGGUCAUUUUGCUCUAACUAUACAUAAUGAACUGUCUGGCAGCAAAGUAGGUAAUGAAAAACAUGUAUUAACUUGAACAAAAAAAAAUCUUAUUUUAAUCUGAGAUGCUUCAUAAAAAAUGAUUUGUUUUAAAAUAUAAUUUAAAGAUUUUUUAUAUGGCAAGAGAGCUAUAUUUUUUCAGCAUAUGGCAGUUAAUAUUGUUUUCCUUUUAAUUUAAACCAAAGUUUGUAAGAACAAAAUUUGACUUGUAAUAUUGAGUUAUAUGGUUUCAGAGUUGUUGAGAGAGGAGAAAAAAAAUAUGAAAAUGACUAAAUAAAAACAGUAAAAUGUGA